CUACCUGCCUCACGUACCGCUCGACGUACGCGACCAGCUCCUGGGAUUCUCCUGACAAGUACAGUAUUCUACACUAAUAUACAGGCAAGCUACACCCCUACAGGACGUAGAUCAUUGAGAAAAUCAAAUAUGGCAGCUAAUAAAGCGAAUACUCCUUUCGAUUUUAAUGAGCAUCAGCAUAUCCGUUACAAUCCCCUGAAGGGCGAAUGGGUCCUUGUAUCACCACAUCGCAUGAAACGACCCUGGAAAGGUCAAGUAGAGAAACCUACAGAGCAGAAUAUCCCGAGGCAUGACCCCAAGAACCCGCUGUGUCCUGGAGCAACCAGGGCUCAUGGGGAUGUUAAUCCAGACUACCAGAGCACCUUUUUGUUUGAGAAUGACUUUCCUGCUCUUCUACAAGAAGGAGCCCCAACACCCGGUACAAAUGAGCAUCAUCUCUUGAAAUGUGCUCCUGCAGUUGGAACAUGUCAGGUGAUGUGUUUUCAUCCUUGGUCAGACAUCACUCUCCCUCUCAUGUCAUUGGACCAAAUCAGGACAGUGAUUGACAAGUGGGCGGAGCUUAUCACAGAUUUUGGUGCUAAAUACAAAUGGGUUCAGAUCUUUGAAAACAAAGGAGCUGUGAUGGGAUGCUCUAAUCCUCACCCUCAUUGUCAGAUGUGGGCGAGUAACUUCAUGCCCAAUGAGCCGAGGAUAAAGGACGUUUAUCAGAGGGAUUAUCUAAAGGAACAUGGGACACCACUUCUGCUGGAUUAUGUCAAAUUAGAGGCAGAAAAGAAGGAGAGGAUAGUAGUUGAAAACCAGACAUGGAUGGCUGUCGUACCUUACUGGGCUACAUGGCCGUAUGAGACAAUGCUGUUACCACGGCGACAUGUCCUCCGACUGCCAGACCUGACUAAUGAGGAGAGGAAUGAUCUGGCAGACAUCACAAAGCGUCUGCUCAUCAAAUAUGACAAUCUCUUUGAGACCAAUUUCCCGUACUCCAUGGGCUGGCAUGGUGCUCCAACAGGGGAGGAUGUCAGUAAAGACAACAGCCAUUGGCAGCUCCAUGCUCUGUACUACCCCCCUCUUCUACGUUCAGCUACAGUCAAGAAGUUCAUGGUUGGAUAUGAGAUGUUGGCCCAAGCACAGAGAGAUCUCACGGCUGAACAGGCUGCUCAGAAGUUAAGGGCACUUCCCGAUGUCCAUUAUAAGUUAAAGGACCAAUCGGUCAACAACUCGGACCAAUGAUAGCCAUCCAAGGGACUUCUUGUGCAACUCUUCAUUAUCCACUUAAGCGUUUUUUCAAAGCAAUAUGGUAUUACUAACAAGUGCAAUACUUAUUGCAGAAAGAUUAUUGGCAUGGCUUGAAAGGGUUCUGUAGUGUUUGGUGACAUAGUGUUGAACUUAGGAUGUUGCGACCUUGCGACUAAGUCUGCCUAGGUCAGUGUGCUGUAUCUGCAUGGGUGUUGAUAUGUUGCUCAUCAAAUAGGACAUGCAAUGAUAAAAGAGAGGGAUUGGAAUCUGAGUCAAACUAUCAGAAAAUGUUUUAGGCUUCAAAUUGUAGUUGUCUGCAUCAAAACCCCAAUGUGAGUUAAAUGAAGGCUCCAUUGCAAUAUGACAGGGUUUCUUUUUGUUCCUUGUAAUUGUACUCCAAAUCAUAUGAGGGUUUAAAAUAAGAUGACACCAUGUGAGACCUUUAUAAAUAUUGAAUCAACUGUGAUGUUUUAUUUGAAGUCAUUCUGUAAGGUGUGCGGACAUAGGGCUUCCCUACAUAUGAAUGAAAUCCCGAACAAUAAAAAACACUUUAUUGUACAAAUCCAUUAUAUCAGUUGUUAAAAGGAGUUACGAAGGCAAUAAUAGGGAGUUUUUGCUUUCAUGAUGCAUGACAGAUUCAACAACUUGUUAAAAUGCCUGUCCAAUACCAAUGAAGAGCUGGGAGGUCUUUGUCGAAAAUUGGCCAACCAGAACAGCAGUUUCCUCUUAAAAUUUCUGGGAUGAUGAAAAAUUGCGAGUAUGUCGUUUUUCCAGAAUCCAGAAUUUAACUGCUUUCUGAUUCACCAAUUUUUGACAAACAACUUCUUGGUUUGUUCAUUGUCAUGAAGGGAAAUUGACAAUAGAUUUUGUAAGUUUUUUAUCCAUCAUGCUUUCGUGGAAGUGAAAACUCCCUAGUACCUUUAAUAGCAUCAGCAGGGGCCCGUUGCAGAAAGAGUUGCAAUCGAUCGCAACUCUAAAAAUCAUGCGCAACUUGAUUUUCAACCAAUCAACA